CGCCUUUGCCAGUAAGAUAAUAUCUUUCGUUUACCAGUAUCUUGUGGUAUCUCAAAGUCUACUACUCUGCGAAGAGACGAAAUGGCACCCACGGACGCCGACGCAGAAAGUGUAAUCUCAGUUCCGCCUGAGGAAGAAGGUCACCAUGCGCGACAAGAGCAGGUUCAAAAAGAAAAGAAAGGCGCGAGCGUGUAUGCAUUUGGGGAUGGGUCGCGGACAAGCAGUCUGUUGAGUAUUCUGGAUGUGUUAGAGAAGCGGGCAGGAGUUGAGCUGAGGGGGUGUCAGCCGGUCCCGUGGGACAAGAGGACGGUGACGCAGUAUGCGAAUAUCUUCACGCUGUGGUUCAGUAUGAGCUGUAAUCUUUUGCCUAUUACAACAGGCAUGGUCGGCACACUGAGCUUCGGCCUCGGACUGCGAGACGCAUCCCUCGUCAUCCUCUUCUUCACCCUGCUUUCCACCAUCCCCGUAGCUUACAUGUGCACAUGGGGCCCCAGGACGGGCAUGCGACAGCUCAUACAGGCGAGAUUCGUCUAUGGCAAAUACUUCGUCUCACUCUUCAUUCUCCUCAACCUCGCCACCCUCACCGGCUUCUCCAUCGUCGACUCCAUCAUCGGCGGGCAAGCCCUAUCCGCCGUCUCCUCCGGCACCACCAUCAACGCGACCGUCGGCAUCGUCAUCAUCGCCCUCCUCUCCCUCCUCGUCUCCUUCGCCGGCUUCAAAACCUUGCACAAGUACGAAAAGUACGCCUGGGUUCCCGCCCUAGUAGCCAUCAUCAUCGCCACCGGUUGCGGCGGUAAAGAUUUGAAGAAUCAGACCACCGUCCCGCCCGCCACUGUCCAGCAGGUGCUCAGCUUCGGCGGCCUCGUCGCCUCUUUCAUGCUCCCCUGGGCCGCGCUCGCUUCCGACUUCUCCACGUACAUGCACCCCUCGGCACCUCCCCUCCGUAUCGCAGCAUACACCUACAUCGGGCUCGCACUCCCCACCAUCCUCCUCAUGGUCCUGGGCGCAGCUAUCGGGGGCGCAACGCCCAACAUUCCCUCCUGGCAGGCAGGCUACGAGUCGAACGCGGCGAGCGGCGUGCUAGCCGCUAUGCUGCAUCCAGCGGGGGGUUUCGGGCGGUUUGUCACGGUGGUGCUGGCGUUCAGCAUGGUGGGCAACCUCAGCGCGACCAUGUACAGCAUCACGCUCAACUUCCAGAUGCUGCUGCCGUGGUUGUUCCGCGUGCAGCGCAUCCUGUUCAGCAUCGUCAUCACGGCCAUUGUUAUUGGCGUGGCGAUCAAAGCUGCGAGCUCCUUCUUUACCAACCUGGAGAACUUCCUCGGGCUGAUUGGGUACUGGGCUGCUGCGUUCAUUGGAGUAGUUGUUACGGAUCAUUUGUGGUUCCGCUGGGGAAACUUCGCGGCGUACACCGAGGAUGAGGGACUGUGGGAUGAUGGGAAGAGGCUGUCGACGGGAUGGGCGGCGAUGGGCGCGAGCGUGGGGUGUUUGGGGCUGGUGGUGCCCUGCAUGUAUCAGAUCUGGUUUACGGGGCCUAUUGCAGAGUGGACUGGUGAUUUGGGCUUCGAGGUGGCAUUUGUGCUGAGCGCAGGGUUGUACGUACCGCUGAGGUAUCUGGAGAAGAGGGCGUGUGGGAGGUGAGAGG